AAUCAUCGACCUUCACGAAUAACCGCUACUGGACACAGCAUUGUUACUCAAGGCUUUUCCACAGAUUCAUAAUGCUUAAGGACUGCGGGACUCGGCUCCAAGAUCCGCACGAGAACGUUCCGGUACAUUCUCCGCACUAUAUAAGGGCCCUUACCAAGAGAGUCUUGAAACCUUUUGUUACUUGCCUCCGCCCUUCAAGGCAGUCCCUCCAUGCAGAAGCUUACUACAGAAACCAAACCUUUGAAGCGCGGUAAAGCUUGUUUAACUUGCAGGUUUUUAAAGAUUAAGUGCGAUGGCACAAAGCCGGUCUGUGGCCCAUGCCUCCGACAUCCGAAGGACGACCCUUGCGAGUACGCCGACAGUCCUCGACGAUCCAGGACAAAGGUGUUAGAAGAUCAGGUGGCGCGACUCGAGGCUAGGCUGAAAGAUUUGGAGCAGCCAGAACAAUCUCCAUCUGUCACUCUGCACGACCCGUACUCCAAUGAUCCCUACCAUAACGUGCAGAUCCCAGGCCUUGCCGGCUACGUCCCAUCUACCUCCGAUGCGUUUUCGCAUAGUCCUUCGUCUCCAUAUUCGGGGUCGACUUCUUUGUCAAUAACGUCUACGCCGCCUCCAGGUUCUACCUCACCAAUUUCAUCUCGGACGGACGCGCCACCGUUCAACGCUGAAGAACCAUCAUUACCGGUCAUCCGGAAUCUACUUGAUCUGUUCUUUUCCUAUUCCGCCGAGCUGGGGUUCUUCCUCGACGUCACACGAUUUUACAAUUCGGCCAAUUUGGCUCUACCUCUUGGCCACCAUUCACGACCCUGUUCAUCGGUCCUAUCCGCUGUUUACCUUUGGGGAUGCCAUUUGUCUUCCCAAAGAGACCAGAAAGCAAACGAACAACCAGUCUGGGCUCACCAGCAUCAGUACCUUGCCCGCGCUUUGAAGCAUACGUCUGCGGGUCUUACAACCACUCAUCCAGACAGAUUCCUGCACACGAUUCAAGCAGAAGUCCUCCUGGCAUAUUACUUCCUACGAAUAGGAAACUUCCUCGAGGCGCGACGUCAUACGGGCGAUGCAGUGUCACUCGCAGUUGGGUGUGGGUUGCACAGACUACGCUCUGAGGCAGCUUGGCGGCCUCCAGCCAUUUCUGUUGCUUCGUUGAUACGUAAUGGUGCACCGGUGAGCACAACUACGACACUUCCUCCGCCGCGCGACAGCAUCGAGGAGGGUGAACGGAUCGACGCGUUUUGGAAUGUCUCAAUUCUGUCCAAGAACCUAGCAGUAGCGCUAGAUUGCCCAACGGACGUGUGCGGGACCCUCGAAGCCCCUGGAUUCCAAAUAGAUACUCCUUGGCCUCUAGACCCCAAAAGCUACCAGGCGGGCAUAUUACCACAUCCCACGACGUGCACAGUGCACACCUUCUUGCACCCGACACCUAAUUCCGACACGCCUGGGUCCCUUCUAACGUUGACCGCUCAAGCAUCCAUUUUGCUACACCAAGUGACGUACUUUGCCGGCCAGACCAAUUUGGGCCGCAAUGUGCAGAACUUUUCGUCAUCCUUUCAAAUACUCGACCGUCUUAUUAUUAAUGUUCGUCACCGGUUACCUGAUCUGUCCGAUUUGCCAAGGCAGUCACCUUUUAACGGAAACGUAUCAAUCUUCUUCGUCCACGCUUUGCUCUACGCUUCGACGAUCAAACUUCAUGAACUCCUGGUCUCGAAUCAGCCUGCAUCGAGGCAGGAGUGUGGUGUGGCUGCACGCUCGAUGAUAAGCUGGGCCUCGUCCAUUCUCCAAGACUCGACGUGCACAAAUCCGAUCAUGGGCACGCUCCUGAUGAUUGCUUGCCAGGCACUCAUCGAUGAGAUUUCCCGCGUGCGGAAUCAGGACGGUGAGCAGAUAGACUCGAAGGAACAUAUGGAAGAAAGUAUAUCUGCGACGCUCCGUCUCGGACUUUCCGUUCUCAAUAUGUUUUCCCGCGAAAGUCCUCUGAUGAGAUAUCAACUCACGACUCUACAAGACGUUUAUGACACGUUACGAUCGUGACGCUUGCGAAGGUAGAGACCUUGACUUGAUGAUACCAUGGGACUUUUUGAUACCGCUAUCUUCCUAAAUGUAUUUCUUCUCCUUUUUCCUUUGCUUGUCUUUUUAGUACACCACCAGGAUUGUUAUUGUACACUUAUGUUCUUCUGCUCUCAUUAUAUACGCAUUAGACUUUAGACGCAUCGCUAUCGAUCCCCAUCGACUCCAAAAGUACGUACCAUAAAUACUGCAGCCACUUUUCGCUUCGAAAAUUAGUAUAUCACUAUGUAUCGUUAAUCGCCCUCCACUUAAUUGUCUUAUUGUUCAGAUUUACCGUUGACACUGGCUGUCUCGUCACUGUGAUCAGGGAACAUUGAACCCUAGAUAUAUUAACUAAAGCCGUAAUGGUUGAUACCGUGA